AUGAAAAACCUGACGGGUGCCUGGGGCAAAAAGAAGAGGCGGCGUCGAACAGAAACGACGACAACGCCCCCAUCCAACCCAACCGAAGCACCCGACCGAAACGCCCCAAUCCAGCUAUCUGAGGCCGAUCUCAUCAAGAAAUCCUGUGAGUUCAGAGAGUUUUCCUCUCCCGACUUCGCGCCCGGCGUCAUCGUCCGUGAAGGGCUGGACAACAGCGAGGACCUGGUCGCAUACGGUGUCCCAGACAACUUGCAAGAGGAGCUAUGGAAGGAGGAGAUUGCAAGGCUUGCUGCAGCUGUCAGAGACCUGGAUACUCCUAUCCACUUUGCAGGCUCCGAAGAGUUCAAGCUCGACUCCAAGGAAGCCCACGAGAGCCUAGCAGGCCUAGCCGACAAGGUGCUCAUUGCGCUCUACAUCAUCAUCAAUGAUGCGCAGGGUGUCCUGCUCAGGCAUUUUCCUGACCUGGUUGAGGAAAUACAUGUCUUCAAGCAGGGCCGUGAGAUACUAGAGCGCUUUGUCGCCAAUAACAGCCAAGAUGACGACGAUGACGACGAUGGUGACAGAGGAGCCAAGACCCGCGAUACCCGUCUUGACGCACUCAACAUCAACCACGCCGACUACUUUGAGUUUGUCAACUACGUGACGGCGACCAUUGCCCGAAUGUUCUGUAAGGCAGCAUCAGGCAAGAUGUGGCACGACACGAUCCUGGUCAAGUUUGCCAAGAUGGCAGCCAAGAUGAAGGUCGUAUCUGGCGGUCUCCGGGAGCAUGCCAUAACGUCGCUGCAGAACACGCCGGCUACAAAGCCGGCCCCCAACAUUGGAUACGGGGGCGCCGGAGGCCGAACUGCAGACCACGGCCAGAGCGGCCCAGGACGAAACAUGCUCGAGAAUCUAGAGGGGAUGAUGGGGAUGAUGGGCCUCAAGGGGAGUCAGCCAUCCUUCGUAGGCCCCAACACGGCGCAUAGAGCCCUCACAAGGCUGUACUUUAUGCAAGAGGCCAUGGCGCAGUACCCGAUAUUCAAGAUCUACCAGUACGUCCUCGUGACCUUGCGCGGCACCAACACACUGCGAACGGCAUUGAGCACGUCGUAUGAGAUGAGUGCCAUGUUGUACAAGACGGGCUACGGCGACUUCCCCGUCUUUCUAUUCCAGGACAUUGACGGCGAGUUCCUCGGCAGUUCAAGCGACGAGAACAUCAAUGUCUCCCAUGCUUCGUUCCAGGUGGCCAACAUGGCAGCCAAUGGUGUGGAAAGUCGACACCAAGCCUCGCAGAACAAUAAGAGCAAGACUGUGAGCAAGGCCAAGGGCACCAAUCUGCCGCCGCCACCAGACAUCCAAACGUCAGUUGGGACCACCGUCACCUGGUUAUAUACGGAACACGCCGACCCGGGAUCUAGCGACUCGGAGCUGAAGCAAAUGCGCCUCAACACCAUGAGCGACGUCAUUACCGUCAUGGUGCCCAUGACGCUCGCCAGCCCCACGGUCGUUACAAUGGUGACCAAAUUCAUCGGAGUUCUCGCCUUUGCCGAGGGUAACCUCAACCAUGGGGAGACAACCGUCCUGUAUCGGCCAACCGAGUUCAAGGCGAGCUUCUGCCUCACCACCGAUGAGUAUCGCAAGACGUGGGGUGACCACCCGGACCGGGGUCUUGUCUCCCAGCUAUCUGCGUCCCUCGUGGCCCGCGAUUCUCUGCUAUCGUGGCACCCUGGCAAGCAGACCCUCCGCCGAGUCCGGACCAUAGGCAUGGAGUUACCCACGCCAGGGGCUAAUCUCCAAGAGCGCGAGCGAGAACGGGAACGUGAGCUGCGGGAGGAGCAGGAGCACAUCCAACACAGCUUGAAGCAGUUUGAGCACGCAUCGAAGCGUAUGGAGGAGUGGAUCUUUGAAGAAAACGGCGUGCGUGUUCGCUGUGACUGGUAUGUCGGGACUGUCUCUGCUGUGGCGGCUGUCCUGGUUUUCAGUGGGAUCGCUGCUGGCAUCACGAUAGGCGAACGGUUGCCCGGCGUGGAUCCUUUCAACAUCACGACCUUCUCCUGGGUCUUGGCAGCCUUUCUUAUCCUCAUCGCAAAGAGUUUUCGCGUUGCAAGCUGGACGUGGUGGGAUUUCCUCCAUCGACAGGUCCUAUGUCGCAGUGUUUCGGAGUUGAGCUCCGUGACGGGUAUUGACGAUCAGCUCAUCCUUGCACGGCUGCUUCAACAAGAGUCUGGGACACCCCUUCAGACCCGGGGGCCGUUCAAUACGGUAUUUUCCCGCAAGGCGAGCGGGGGGGACGGCUUUUCCAUCGAUCAGCCGCUGAGUAUCCGGACCAUGCUACUCAGCGGGCUCAUCAUGAUCCAGGUGCGGGCCAUAUACCACGGCAAGUUUCUGGUAUGCUUGGAUCUCCGGAGGGGAACCGAAUUCAAUGUGGUGUUGCAGACCAAGGAGGAGGUGGUGGACGAGGAGGAGUGCAUCGUCAGCGAUAGACUGGUUGACGAGCAUUCGCUGGGGACGGAACAUCGCAUCAUCCUGAAGAAGGCCAAGGCGUCUUGGAGUCGGGUCGUUGGGGUGUAUGGGCGGAAUGAUGCGUGGUUUAUUUAA